CGGAACCGCGUUGACAACAACGGUGGCAGAAGAUUUCAGUUUAGUCCGCGUGUUGGUCGUCGAUGCAAUCCGUUUUUUCUCCGCUCUCGCAAGCUGGAGAAAAAGUAAAAUCAACUUAUCAAAACGUCCCGUGUGUCGUCAGUUCGGCGGUGCGGAGACAACCGAAGACUACCGCGCGUUUGCAAAUUGGUCCCAACGGAAUUAGUGCUGGACAGUUUUUAGAGACGGUUCGACAGGCCCGGGAAAGUCGGUUCCCGUCCGGCGGAGAUACCCGCCGCCAAUAGUGGUGGACACAAAGAGCAAACACUAGGAUACUAGAGCUACGACGACACGCAGUGCAAUAAAACGGGAUUAUAAGCAAAUAUCAGCUCGCAGCUAAACAAUAAAAAUGGGACCCAAAAAAGCGAAAGGAAGCACGGUCAUCGAUGGGGUGGACACAUCCAGUAUGUCCCGCGAGCAGCUAGAGCAGUUUGCGCUCCGGCUUCGCAACGAGAUGGAACGGGAACGCGAGGAGCGAAACUUCUUCCAGCUGGAGCGGGACAAACUGCGCACGUUCUGGGAAAUCACGCGCAAACAGCUGGAGGAGGCGAAGGCCGUGAUUCGCAACAAAGAACGUGACGUUGAGGUGGCCCAGGAACUGGCCGAUCAGGACACGAAGAACGUGAUGCAGGAGAUGAAACAUCUCCAGUACGAGCAUCAGUCGCACAUCGGGGAGCUGAAGGCGGAAAUGAUGACACAGCUGAAGAUGGCCCAGGAAGAUCACUCUCUGCAGGAGCGGGAGCUGCUCAACGACAAACGGGACUUGCGACGGUUGCUGCGUGAGAAGGAAGAAAACUCCGAGUUGGAGGUGCAGCAGCUCAAGCUGAAGCACAGCGAACUGCUGAGCCAAGAGCGUGCCAAGUUUAAAGAGGAAAUCGACGCCAUGACAAAGCUGUUCGAGCAGCGGCUACAGAGCUACAAGGAAGAAGCUGAAGUGCGCCACGAAAUGGAGUUGUCAGAGGUUGAAGAACGAAAGAACGGCCAGAUUUCGGAACUGAUUCAAACCAACGAGAACGCCUACAAAGAGAUGAAGGGUUACUACAACGACAUUACCCUGAACAAUUUGGCACUGAUCAACAGCAUGAAGGAACAGAUGGAAGAGUUGCGAAUUCAGUCGGACAAGGAUUUGAAGAACAAUUCGGAGGUGAUGGCCGAAAACAGGAGGCUCGUUGAACCGUUGAAACAGUCCCAAUCAGAGUUGGUGGAGCUGCGCAAGAAGUUGCAGUACUACGACCGCGAUAAGGCUACGCUUAAUCGAGUGAAAACUCGCCUCGGCGCAACGCAGAAACAGCUCAGUAGCUUGAAGCUUGAAUCGGACGUGCUGCAGAUGCGCUGUGAAAAGUUGGUCGAAGAACGCGAUCAGCUGAAGAACAUGUUCGAGAAGUCUAUACUGGAGUUGCAGCAGAAAUCAGGUUUGAAAAAUUCCCUACUGGAACGAAAACUGGAGUACAUCGAGAAGCAAACGGAACAACGGGAAGCCAUUUUAGGGGAGGUGCUUUCGCUGGCAGGUAUCGAACCGCAAUCGUUGAGCAUUCGCAUCGAAAAGCUUCUGGUACAGAAGAACGACAAAAUCCAGGACCUGCGGUACGAGCUGGCCCGCGUCAGCAAGAUGUACGACGACUUGCUGUCGAUGAUGGAAGCCAAGUUGGCCAAGUACGGUAUCACCCUGAAGGAUCUGGAGCUGAGCAGCAUGAGACUGGAGAAGUGAUUUGUUUUUUUCAAGCGUUUCAUGUUUGCAUUUCUUUGUCUUUUCGACAGUUUUCAGAUUCGACAAUAAAAUUGUGCUGAAA